UCAAACGCCUGGAUUAUUGAAUUCUGUUGUGGAUAAGUAUAAUAUUUUUGCAGUAAUUAGUUUAAUUAGUCUCCAUUUAUUAUCUGCCCUGUGUUUAUGAUUCAAAGAGUAUUUGAUACUUUAGUAGAUUCUGAAAUUUUAGAAGACAAAAAUAGAAUGAUUUCAGACUUUGGUAGCCAAUACAAGAGAAACAGUUUUUUACUACUCAAUUGUCUCCCUGUUUAUGGAUCUGGGAAUUAAUAAUAUUUCUUUUCAAGAGAGUUGAUGAGUUUAUAGUUUUUUAGAAAACAUUAAAUGCAUCUUAUUAACUCUGUUCAAGUGAGAUGUGAUCCAUAAUUUCUGAAAAAAUUGUGUUAGAUUCUUCGUAGAUAUGCAUCGUGCCUUAAAGUGCAGUGCUUUCUUGUUGAAAAGGAUCGAAUUCUACGUAAUUUUGGAUAGAGAAUCGAGUCACAACUUUAUCUAUGCAGUGUUCUUGGCACGUUAUGGGAAAUAGCGAAUCAUCACCUGAUGAUUAUGACAACUUUUCACGCCAACCAGCUGAGCACGGAGGAUACACAGUUGAAACUGGCUACAGACCUCAAUCUCCGGAGCAUGCCACAAGUUCAACACAAACUAGUUAUCAGCAUCAUGUCUCGGUAGACACAAGAAAUUCGAUGGAGACUAACAACUAUCAGAAGAAACAGCACUCAGCAUACAUAGCAGAUAACUUCAACUCUUUGGACAAGGUUAUCAAUGCAUUAAGAGAAGCUGGUUUGGAAUCAUCAAAUCUGAUUCUUGGAAUCGAUUUUACCAAGAGCAAUGAAUGGACAGGAAGGUACUCUUUUCACAGAAAAAGCCUCCAUGCUAUCGGUAGCACUCCUAACCCGUACGAGCAAGCCAUUUCCAUUAUUGGAAGAACUCUAUCUCCCUUUGAUGAAGACAAUCUAAUACCUUGCUUUGGAUUUGGUGAUGCAACGACACAUGAUCAGCACGUAUUCAGCUUUUAUCCUGAUCAUCGACCUUGCAAUGGGUUUGAGGAAGCACUUGCUCGAUACAGAGAAAUCAUUCCACUUCUGAAUCUAUCGGGCCCAACGUCAUUUGCACCAGUAAUCGAUGCAGCUGUUCGUAUAGUAGAGAAUAACAAUUUCCAGUAUCAUGUCCUGGUUAUCAUCGCAGAUGGCCAGGUAACUAGAAGUCCCGACACGUUGCCUGGAAAGUUAAGUCCUCAAGAACAAGCAACUAUCAAUUCAGUAGUUGCUGCAAGCAAAUAUCCCCUCUCCAUCAUUCUAGUCGGUGUGGGGGAUGGACCGUGGGAUGAGAUGAAAGCAUUCGAUGAUAACCUUCCUCAACGAGCAUUUGACAACUUUCAGUUUGUCAACUUCACGAAGAUCAUAUCCGAGCAAACGGAGACAGAUAAAAAGGAAUCAGCGUUCGCCCUUGCUGCUUUGAUGGAAAUUCCUCUUCAGUACAAAGCAACACUGACCCUGCGAUAUAAUGAAAGCCACAGUUCAGGUCCUAGGAAACUACCCCUUCCUCCUCCUAGUACAAUAAUCGACCACGACAAGGAAAAAGCUGCAAAAGCAAUUGCGCAUAUGAUCAGCCGAGAACAAGCUGAGUCUGCAGGACCACCAGCUGAACAAGCAUGCCCGAUCUGCUUAACCAAUCGGAAGGACUUGGCUUUCGGCUGUGGACAUCAGACAUGCAGGGAUUGUGGCGCGUCGUUAUCUUCGUGCCCCUUGUGCCGAAAGCCUAUUACUACUCGUCUUCGACUUUACGGCUGACAUGGAGACUUGUAGCUCGGACGAUGCAGCUCAUCUUGAAAUUUAAAGGCCCUCUGCUCUACAUUGAAUGUUUGGUCUUCUUUGUCUUGUUAAAAAAAUCAUUUAUUUCGAGUUCAAUGAUGGGAGUGGUCUAUGGAAUUAUUGUUGAGGAGAGAAUGAUUCAUUUCUUCAAAGCAAUAUGUACAGUCUUAGUGAAUCAGCUUAUAAAUCAACCCUUUCUUAUAGUACAAAUGUGAAGACGUCAAAUGGUGUUAAGAUUAUUUAAAAACGUUGUACAAUUGUAAAAUUUUAUAAGUUGUAAAAUCUUUCUCCAUUUGAUGGUCAUGUCAUGUCA